AUGUCCUGUGCCGCCCCAGUGAGACUGUGGAAACGACCAGCCAUCGCGUCCUCCCAUGUGCUCUCCAUGCUCCCCAGUUUUGACUUCCGACCCCUGCCCUGCCUCCCAGGUACGCCCAAUCCCCUUGUCGCCCUCCACUGCUGCUGCCCGCUGGAGUCCGGGCCGGCUCAAUUUGAAAAGAACCAGUUCGACUCUGGUUGGACCAGUUUGGUCGGCCCGGUUGGCGCUCGACCCAGCAGCCCGUCCGAGUUCGGGCUCAUGACCCAGUCCAACCCAGCUCCGGGUGGCCUUGGAUUGGCCCAGUUCCCGCCGUAA